CGCGAAACGAUUCAAAAAAUUCAACCCGAGCUCAAGAAAUUGCGAGGCGAGAGUGCGGAGCUUAAGUCGACCAAAGAUGAACUCAAGAGCAAGACGGCCGAACUGAGGACAUUGGAAGGAAAACACGACGACUUGCAGGCAGAAGUUAAAUCACUCAAGUCUUCGAUCUCAGAUCGCGAGACGGAAGUCAAGACUCUCAACCAGAAGAUCAAGCAGGAGUUGGAUAGUCGACUGAAAGCAGAAGAGAAUUUGACAGUCGCACAGUCCGACCUGCGUUAUUCUGAAAGCAGAAAGCAAGAAGCCAUUGAGGGUAAGCAGAAGAUUAUGUCCGACCUCUCAAACGUCCAGGACGAGCUGAAGACAGCGCGAACGAAACUACGAGAGCACGAGCAACAGACCACUCAACUAAACAAGGAUCUCGACGGAUUGCGGGAGGAGAUGCAAUUAAAGACGGCUCAACACGCAAGUGCGCAAAGCCUUAUGAAUAGCAUGCGCGAUCAAGCUUCCGAGCUAGGCAUGCAAAUGAAGGAGGCCCGGGAGCGAUGCGAGAGCCUGGAAGAGGAACUGGCAGACGCCCACCGUCUUCUUAGUGAACGGACCCGUGAGGGUGAAACGAUGAGACGCCUCCUCAAUGACAUUGAGGGCCGCACCGAUGCGAAGACCCGCGACUUCAAAGAAAGGAUGGAGGCUGCGAUUGAGGAACGUGACCGUGCCGAGGACGAAGCAAGUGCGCAGGGUCGACGUCGGGCUCGCGAAUUGGAGGAUCUCAAAACCAAGCUUCGUGAGCUGGAAAAGAGCUUACGGAGUGCAGAGGAGGACAAGGAAGAAUUAGAGUAUUCUCAGAAGGAUUGGAAGCGCCGGCGGGAUCAUCUCGAAGCACAGGCGGAGACUGCCACGCAAGAGCUCAACGAUGUUCAGCAGGCCAUGGCUCGGUUGCGUGAGUCCUUAGAUGAGAGCGAAAAACAGGUCCGUGACUUGGAGAAAGAGAAAGCAGAAUUGCGUCGAUCGGUUGAGCAGACAAACGCGCGUUUAGAGAAGAUGCGCAAAUCCAAUAUGCUCUCUGAGGAUGGUCGCUUUGGGGCCAACCCGCAAUCCUCACGCUCAUCUAUUGAUUCUGGGCCCCGGAGAGGGGUGACUUCCCCAGUUCCGAAGACGCGCAGCCCAUCCACUCAAAGAAGCGAUACACCCACCGGCGGUGUUGACUACAUUUACCUAAAGAACGUGCUCCUCCAGUUUCUAGAGCAGAAGGACAAGAACUAUCAGAAGCAACUGAUCCCAGUCCUCGGGAUGCUUCUGCAUUUUGACCGGUGAGUGUGCCUUCCAAUCCGCUUCCAAUAUUAUUACUGACUCAAGUAGGACGGACGAGCAAAAAUGGAUUGCAGCUAUAACCUCAAAGUAGUCUGAUAUCGGGCCAUAGUCCUCUGCUGUUGGCAAAGCAGACUUGCGUUAUAGAUGGAUGGAUGUUUUAGGGUACAUAAUUCUUUCUUGUCUUAUUAUAUUAAUACUAAGAAUUUCAGCGUGCUUUAUCAAAUAGAAAUGAGAGAUCUCGGAGCCUAGACCCUAGAGAGCCGAGUUUAGAAUGCAUUCUGGGUUAGUAUGGUUUAUUGCUCUUCCGGUAUAGAUCGCGAUGUUC